AUGGCGAAAAACACGCUCUCGUCGCGGUUUCGGAGGGUUGACAUCGAUGAAUAUGAUGAGAACAAAUUUGUGGACGAGCAGGAGGAGACGGCUGAGCAACAGGGACCGGACGCCGCCGAGAUAGACAAUCUCAUCAGGCAAGGAGACAUGAUGACGGCUUUUCACAUUGCACUGAGGAACCCUCCAAUCAACAGUAAGAACCCGGCAAUAAAGGAGCGGGCGCGGGCCGUGGUGCUCCGGGUGCUGACGUCGUUCCGGACCGCGGACAUCGAGGCGGCUGUCAGGUCUCUGGACAGGAACAGUGUGGACCUGCUGAUGAAGUACAUCUACAGGGGGUUCGAGAAGCCAGCGGAGAACAGCAGUGCCAUCCUACUGCAGUGGCACGAAAAGGCUUUCGCUGUCGGAGGCUUAGGUUCCAUUGUGCGAGUGCUCACAGCUAGAAAGACUGUCUGAACUGACUGACUGAGCACCGGGAGCCGAGGAGGAAGAGGAGAACUGAACAGGAAGUCCCAGGGCUGCCUACUGUUCUAUCUCUACACUGUUACGCCUUUCAGGACGGAAUCCAUUCAAAUCAAGAAGAAAAAAAUAUAUAUAUAUAAAAUAAAAGAGAGAAAAAAGGAAAUGACAGGUUUGUGAAGGGGAAAUAUUCUUGUAUUUAAUGUACAUUAUUAAUAUUAUUUUCUAUAUCAUAUAUGGUCUUUGGGCAUCCUGACAUGCCAGUUUUGGGUUUGAUUAUUAUUGAAUGUGAAGAUAUGAGAGAAUAAUGAAGAUUAACUGAAAAGGGCUGUUUGCAAGAGCAGCCAUGAAUACGCCAUGGUCAGUGGCACAAAAGGGGCGGCGUACUGUUCGGAGUACAACAGGGUACUCCAACAAAAGCAUUUUAUUUAGCUGGCUUAGUACUGAAUAUUUAGAUUUUAUUCUUUUUUCUCAUUGUGAUUUUUGUACAGAGAGAAGCAUACAUUUAAUAUAAUGCAAUGGAAAUGAUUUGAAUUCUUUUCUGAGGGGGGGAGGGGUCAUUGUAAAGUGCCUGCGACAAUAAAGCUCAUGGAUCAUCUUUUUUUUUUUUUUGGA